GAUAAUGAGCCACGGUCAAGCUACUGGGCCAUAAGUGAGCAAGCUCGCAAAAUGAUACCAGGAGAAAAGCAGUGUAAAAUAUUUUGUGGUGGUAAGACUUGCAAAUACUGCACAGAGUUCAAUUGGAAGCCUCAUCAAAUGGCCAUCAGUGGUCUAUAUUCAGAAUGGUAAGUCAACACUAACUUACCUUUAGGUUCAUAAAUUGAUGAUGAAUUGUGGAAUCUGUCCAUAAUCCAUCUGUAACUACUGUAUUUUUAUUAUUAUAUUUUUGUUAUAAAAAUGGAGCUCACUUAUUUGCAUGCUCAAAUUAAAAGGGCCAGUAACUCAAGUUACUGGUGAGCCAACAAUGAGGGAAUAAUUGCUUUAUAAAAUAAGGAUCGUAAAUAAAGAAUUUCAAGGUUAUUUAUUGGGUAAAUCAUUUGAUUGCUUGAAAUAAAUAAGUAUAAUGUUUUCAAUUAAUUGCGAUGACUAAACAAUGGUAGGUAAGUCCAAAUAUUACAUCAAAACUUGUGAAUUUAUCAAUAUAGCUAAAUAUUUGAAUUAUUUUGUUAACAUAUCUAAUAAAUACUUGAGUGAUUUUUUUAACAUAUAAAAUAAAUAAAUGAUUUUGUUUACAUAUCAAUAUCAUUGAAUGAUUUUGUUAACAUAUCCAUAUAUUUCAAUGAUUUUUUAAAAUAGUUAUGUAUUUGAUUAAUUUUGUUAACACACACAUAUAUAUAUAUAUAUAAAUAUAUAUAAAUAUAUAUAUAUAUGUAUAUAUUAAAAUGAUUUUUUAACAUAUCUAUAUAAUUGAAUGAUUUUAUUAAAAUAUCUAAAUAUUUGAUGAUUUUUUUAGCAUGUGUAUUUAUUGAAUAAUUUUGUUAACAUAUUAAAUGUUUUUUUUUUCUUUUAGGGUCACAGAUAAUAUUCUUGCCAUGGCCAGACUGUCCAAUCAAAACAUUGAAAAAUAUGACAUGCUUAAGCAGCUAAGAGAGUAAGGAAUAGUCAUUAAUUUCAUUUUAAGGAUACAAGUUAAUACACUGAAUGCACAAAAUCACACUCUAUUCGGGUCAUUCAUUUAAUACUAAAGUUUGUGUGUGGCCCAAUCGUUUAUUGUCCCAGUGCCGGCACUGACCACCAGGUGUAUUGCUCACACUGCUGGAACCGAAAUCUUUAAAUCAAUGAGACCUAAAUCAGCGGCUCUUAUACAGUGUGUGAAUUUUGACAUUAUAAUGAGAAAUUUAAAUCAGUGGUUCUAAAAAAAUGUGUGAAUUUUAAAAUUGUAAUGAGAAACUAAAUCAGUGGCUCUAAAACAGUGUGUGAAUUUUAACAUUGUAAGGAGAAAAUUAACAAUUUUUGGUUGAAUGUGUUCUCAGCUUGAAUGUGAAAACCAUUGUCAAUCUACAACAGCCAGGCGAGCAUGCCUACUGUGGCUUUGGCAAUGACGGCAGUGGCUUUUCAUAUAAUCCACAGAAGCUAAUGGAU